AGCACACCCCACAUCGCUGGCGGAGGAACAAUGUCAAGCUUCGACAAGAUCGUCAAGCUGGCAUGCAAGCCAAAGGCUGCACCUCCAAAAGCAAAGUACUUGGAUCCCAUCAUAGCAGCAACAUGGUCGGAGGAGGGCGCCGUUCACGAUGUCUGCAAAGCACUCGUCCCACGUCUCAGAGAACCUAAUGCCAUUAUUGCCUUCAAAGCACUGCUCGUCCUCCACACUAUGAUACGUAAUGGGUCUACGGAUAAUGUCCUAUCAUAUUUGUGCUCCUCUGAGGUCCUUCGUCUUCGCAAUGUCUCGACUGGCAACUGGGAUGGUUACGCUGCCCCUCAAAACAUGCAAAACUACGCACUCUACCUCGACACCCGGAUACGCGCAUACCGCGAGCUGAAGCACGAUGCCAUACGUGUACAGGCAGAGUCGAAUCGCGACAUGCGUCUCAACAAUUCUCUCGAAGAGGAUGGCGCUCACUCAGGCGGUUCCAAGAGCAGUUUAGCGAAGGCGCGAGCGGAGCCCAAGACUCCCCAGAGAAGCAAGACUAUGGUGGGAAGGAAAUUGAGGAUUAUGACGGUUGAGAAGGGUCUUCUUCGUGAAACGAAGAUUGUUCAGAAGAUGAUAGACGCGUUAAUCGAGUGCAAGUUUUACUCGGACGACUUAGAGGAUGAGCUCACAAUUUUUGCGCUGCAAAUGCUUGUCAAGGAUCUACUCAUCCUAUUCCAAGCUGGUAACGAGGGCGUCAUUAACGUCCUUGAACACUACUUCGAAAUGUCCAAGGUCGACGCUAAAGAUGCACUGCAAAUUUACCGCCAGUUCUGCAAUCAGGCAGAGAGGGUCGUCGAGUUCUUAGGGGUGGCGAAGAAACUCCAGAAUCUCCUUCACGUUCCUAUCCCGAACUUGAAGCAUGCCCCUGUUUCUCUCGCAGGAGCAUUGGAAGAGUACUUGAACGACCCCAAUUUUGAACAAAAUAGGAUAGAGUACAAAGCCAACAGAGAAGCCGCGGAGAAGAACGGCAAGGCUGGAAAGACUGGUUUGACACCCAAACCGCAAGAGAGUGCCACCUCGACAAGUUCAGCUCCUGCUGAACCUGGGCCUAGCUCAGAUGUACCUCCCGUUCCCAAAGUCGAGACCAACAACGCUGUCGUAGACUUCUUUAAUUCUAUCGACGAGCAGCAGCCUACGAUGUUCAACCCUAACACGGGCAGUCCCACGAUGAACUACUUCCAGCAACAAGCUGCGCAUAACCCAUUCGUUGCACGGCAAAUGACAGGAGCCCCUUUCCCACCACAACAAACAGGCGCCCCCUUCAUACCGCAACAGACAGGUUUUGCCCCUCAGGUCAUGCAUCAAGCUACUGGGUUUCCGGGCGGUCAACCGUUCCAGCAGUCCCAGUUCAAUGCCUUUUCCACCCCCCAACUUCGCCCUCAGGCGGCGGAUCAGCCCCAGCAUCGGCCUUUUUCGUCUUUCGUACCUUCUCAGCCGACGGGUUUCCAAGGUACACCACAAAUGGGUGGACAAGGGCCGCUGGUACCUCAAACUACGGGCGGCAAUCCUUUCCGGCAGACCGUACUCAUGCCUCAGAUGACCGGCAUGGCUGCUUUUAACACUGGUGCCCCAGGUGGUAUGCCAUCCUUCCCUUCGCAACCCCAGCAGCCACCUGCGUUUUCUGUUACCGGAAAUCAGCCAUUUGGCCAGCCACAGCCAAUGGGCCAGAACCAAAGUGCAUUUACAGGUGGCAUGUCGAACGGCGCUUUUGGUCAACCGAACGGAGCGCGUACAGAUGUUCCUACCCGCCCCGGCUCAGCACCUCUUACGUCUAUGAGCAGCGCUCAGCCCUCGGGGAUGUCCCCACCCAUGGCACAGCCUGUUAAGACCCAUACGACGGGAUCGAGAAACCCCUUCGGUGUUCCAAUUGAGCCUCCCCCGCCCAUGCCCAAGCCACCUACGCUUUUGGAACUGUCCAUGGGAGCUGGCAAUACGAGCAACAGUUCGAGCCAGAGCACGAACGCCAGCAGUCCACCACCCCAGCUGCCUCAGCAGACCGGUGGGACGUUUGGCGGCUCUUUUGGGAGCUCCUUUGGAAACUCGUUCGGUCAGCCUCAGCAACCGCAGCCUACCGGUGCUCUCAAUAGCCUAAACGGCGCGUUCCAGUCGAGCAAUACUGCUGGCGGGUCAACCAUGUCCAAUGUUGCGUCUUCCUUCGCGAAGAAGCCCGAAGAGAACAAGAACGACUUGGCCAGCCUCAGUGCAUUCGGGUCACCGUUCCCCGGAGCUCAGAGCAACGCGACUGGCACGACGAACUCGACCUUCUCUGACUCCCUCUUCUCCUCUUCUCUCGGACCACAGCCCACGGGCUCGACGUUCACCUCCUCCGCGCCCUCCAUCUCCGUGUCUUCACCCGGAGGUGCGAAUGGUGCACUGAAGCCACAGACAACGGGGUUUGCCCCACUCAAGGCAUUCAAGCCGUCGUCGUCCUUUGGUGCAUCCCUGCUUGAAUCGCUGCCGCCGAUACCACAAUCAGCCCCCACAACUCCGGACGUUACUGGCAAACCAGCAGAAUCGUCACCCUCACCAGCUCCAGGUUCCGCCUCUGGCCCGGGAUCCUUCGCAGGUGGGCUAGGAACGCAGCCCACCGGCUUUGCGAGCGGCAGCGAUUUCUCGAAGACGAUGCUCGGCACGGGUCUGCGUCCGCAGAUGACGGGCGGCCCGAACCCCUUCCGCGCGACCAUGUUUGCGACGUCGCCAAGCACGGGCACGGGUGCAGGCGCCAGCACCGGUGCCUUCGGGGCGAACGGCACGACUAGCCUGGGUCUUCCGUCAAUGUCAGGGUUCGGCGGCGGUUCGCAGCCCCAGUUCCCGAGCAUGACGGGUUUCGGUGCAGGCUCGUUCGGCCAGCAACAGCAGUCGCAGCAGCAGUCGCAGCAGCAGCAGAACGGGUCUCUCAUCUAAGCUCUCUCCGUUGAUUAUUUAGUGGUUGUUGGUUUGCAUAUAAACACGUUACGUUCGCUACCUGUCCCCAUUUUCCACAGACUACAAUGUCAAUAUUCUUAUACGACAUGUCACUCCAUCAUAACGUUUCACACUCCUUGCGCAUUGAAUACACACUUUCUCUAUACACUCCGCAUCCGCCUCCCCUUCCGUCGCUGUACCGUUCUCGCCAUCGUCAAUCAUCCGUCGUUUUCGCCUUUUCUUUACUGUAACUCGAAUUUUUGGACCACACAUUUAACUCA